UCAAACUCCAAUUUUCCCAACCAUCUCAUCUCAAUUCUUCAAGCUUUCUUGCAAUGGCUUCCAAGGUGGCUGAGAUGGGUUUAAUCCUGGCUGUUGCCGCCAUGAUGAUGCUGUGGAAAGGAGCCACGGCUCAGUCUAACAGCUGCACGAGCGCACUGAUUGGUUUGACGCCGUGCUUGACUUACGUCACCGGGAAUUCGUCGGCGCCGUCGUCUUCGUGCUGCACGCAGCUCUCCGGCGUGGUUCAAUCGAACCCGCAGUGCCUCUGUUUGUUGCUCAACGGCGGAGGUUCGAAUCUCGGAGUGAAUAUCAACCAAAGUCUCGCCCUCGCCUUGCCCGCCGCCUGCAAGGUUCAAACUCCUCCGGUCAGCCAAUGCAAUGCUGCUGUGCCGGCGAGUUCUCCGGUUGGUUCCCAAGCACCGCCGACGUCGGAGCCGAAGGAAACGCCUCAAGUUCCCAACACGCCGGCAGGGUCUAAAACGGUUCCCUCAACAACAGCCGGCGGCCCCUCAUCGGCGGCUGAUGGAACGGCGAAAGCUUCUUUCCGUUUUCUGGGUUUCCUCGUAUUCGCUGCAACGUUAUCUAUGGCUGGUUUCGGAAUCUAAUUUCCGACGGCGUAUAUAGAUCGGCGUGAUCAUACAAUGCAUCAUUUCUACUCGAUCGAGAGGGAUCGGAGCAGCUUUUGACUUGUACCAUUAUUAUUGUAUCAAUUCCGAAACGUGUCAUUAUUCUUUGUUAGUUUGUGUUACGUUUUUGAGUAUAUAUGUAACUGGUGUGAUUAUAUUGAUUGUAAUGCUUUGUAUUUGCUUCACUAUGAGAGUUUGCAUUAUAUUAUAUUGGUCCAUUUUCUCA